CGGGUUCUAAGAUAAACUGUGUCCUUAUGCAUGCAUAGCGAUGCGGUUGCUCAUUUUAUUUUGUUCAAAAUUCAAGGAAUUUUGUAGGUCUCUCUACCAAAAAAGAUUAUUUUUCGGUUAAUAUAGUAUAUGGACAUUUUUUUAAAACCUAUUUCUUUGCAGGAUACAAAAGCUCUUCGUUUGGCUGUCCUGAAAGCUGCGAUUGGUGAGACGGAAUCUAUUAAAUGCUAUUUAAAACAGGGCUCCUACGCGGAUUAUAUAUUUCCUUCGGUGAAACAUGGUCGUGUUCGACCACCUGCUCUGCAUCUCUCUUCUGGAUUGAAUUUUUUAAUGCGAGGAAGCUUCUUAUAUCCUAGUGGCUGGCUCUUCGAUUGUGAAGAUGCCUUGUGCAAUAUUCUCCUACACCUGGCGGCCAUUGUUUCAGAUUGUGAGUUAACUAGAUUACUUCUAGAAAAAGGAGCCGAUGUUACAAGCAUACACGGAAUUGGAGGAACAGCUUUGCAUACUGCUUGCAUGAGAGACUCUUUAGAAAUUGUAAAGUUGAUAGCUGAGAAAUCGCCGGCAUCUAUUCUUGAAGCACGUGAUCAUCGUAAUGAGACUCCUUUGGAAAUUGCUUGUUCAUCCGGCAGUCCGGAAGUAGUACAAUUCCUUUUAUCGAUGGGCUGCAGUGUGGUUGUAAAAGACCGCCGAUGUGGUGGUCCUCUACUGAGUGCUAUAUUUAAUAACCCAAUAUAUGCAACUCCAAUUGCGUCUCUGCUUUUAGACGCUGGUGCAGACAUUAACCAUGUCCAUGCUUAUUUGGGAACACCGCUGAUGGUUGCUGUAUUACAGUCUGCUCUGAAAAUGCGACCCGCAAAAGAUCCCACUACGUAUGAAGAUUUUUCAGAUGAAAAUUUUCUUCUGGAGAUUAAACGUGAACAUUUUGGAAUGCUGAGUAUGGCUUCUGCGAUACAGCAUGUUCUACGACCCGCAGAAGAUCCCAUUACAGAUCAAAAUUUUCCAUAUAUAGAUUUCUGUACGCUGUUGAUAGACCGUGGAUGUGAUGUUAAUGCUACUGAUAUUAUUUAUGGUACAACAGCUCUGAAUGUUGCAGUAAGACUAAACCACGAAAUUUUAGUUCGGAAACUCCUUAUUUCUGGAAGCGACAUUGACAGGCGUGACAAUCGUGGUUGUUCUCCAUUAUACUACGCAUGUCUACAGGGAAGCCAGAGAAUAGUCGAUUUGUUUAUAACUUUCGGUGCUAAUUUACGUACCCAGGAUUGGGAAGCAACUUUCGAACUGUGGAAAUUAAUGAAAAAAUUAAAUGAGAAAAAUACUCAGUUAUUAAAUUACGUUAUUUAUCAAUCGAAGCAGUGCCUUACCUUAGAAAAUCUGUGUAGUAAAAUUAUUAGAAAAAAUACUAGAAAUGUGGAAAAAAAUGCCAUUAACCUUGGAAUACCAUCAAUACUAGUAAACCGCCUACUACUUAAAGGUUGAUGCAAAUCGUAUUUAAUAUGAUUUAUACCCAUAAGACUGCACUUGAUAUCUUAUUUCUGAUUAUAAUUAAAUUUUUGAGGUAUAAAAUUUAAUAAAAAGAGAAAAGUAUUAUCAGCGUACUUUUUCUUUUCUCCCACAAAAGGGCAUUCUUUUAAAUUUAUUAUUUAACACUGAAAUAAUAUUUUCUGCUUCUUUUCUGUAAAAGUUGGUGUGCAUUUAAAACAAUGCAAAUAAUCUCUACAUAUAAUAAAAGAAAGAAUUUGCCUGUG